AUGUCCACCGCCCAAACUAUCAUCGCCUUCGACUUAUACGGCACUCUGCUCUCCACCGACUCGGUCACGGGCGAGCUCGCCAAGUUGGUCGACGAUGGAGCCGCCAAGGAACUCUCGACGCUCUGGCGGCGCUACCAGCUCGAGUACACCUGGCGCAUCAAUAGCAUGGGCCACUACUGCUCAUUCAGCGACAUCACACGCGCCUCCCUACUCCACGCCGCCGCCGAGAUGAAACUCAGCCUGACGUCGGACGACGUCGGAAGGGCGAUGGAAGCGUACGAUGCGCUCCGCGUGUUUCCCGACGUCCCCCCCGCUUUGGAGGCGCUUUCGGGGCUUGAUUCUUCGGAGGCGGAAGCGUACAUCUUCUCGAACGGCACAGGGGAGGUGCUCAAGGCGUCGGUGUACAACUCGCCCGAUCUGAAGCCGUAUGCAAGCGCGUUUAGAAAGGUGGUGAGUGUGGAGGAUGUGGAAGUGUUCAAGCCUGACAGGAAGGCCUAUGACCAUCUGCUCAAGGGGGUAGGGAGGGUGGGAGCACCUGGUGAUGUGUGGCUGGUGAGCUCUAAUCCAUUUGAUGCACUGGGCGCGGUCGCCGCAGGGCUCAAGUCGUGCUGGAUUGACAGGGCGCGAACGGGGUGGAUCGAUCGACUUGGGAGCGUGAUCGGCGAGAAUAUGCGUCCGACGUUGGUAGCCUCCAGUGUUGGUGAGGCGGUUCAGAUGAUUCUCAAGAGACAGUCGUGA